UUGUUGUUGUGAGGAAAGAGACCAAAUAGAGAGAGAGAGAGAGAGAAUCAGAUUUUUUUAGGGAACGUCAGGAACUAAAAAAAGCUAUGGACUUGGCUCUUCAUUUUCAUGGUGCUUACCCGUUGAUCAGACAAGGACUCAUGAGAGCCAAUCAUCUUCCUGUUCGAGCAGAUACACCUUCGCCGCGGUUUGUGUUGCAAAACUCGUGCUUUGAGCAGAGUCUUUCAAGAAUCAUGCUUCAAGAUAAAGCUUCUUCUUUGUCUUUAAUGGGGAGAGCCAAGAAAGGAUAUGUUUGUUGCAAGAAACAGUCUAAUAGAGGAACGUCAAACCCGAGUAAAUCGAACCAAGAGGAGAUCAUUUCUCUCUUGAAGCGAAUUCAAUCUUCAAUCUCUAAAGGUGAAUCUCGGGGAAUUGAAGAGAAGAACAGUGAUGAGUCUUCUGGGAGCAAGCCGCUGACCAAAGCUAUUCUUGAUGUUCUUGAGAAAUCAAGAAAGAAAACUGAGGGAGAUACUAAUGUGAAGCAAGAGCCACCAAAGAGACAUUCUGCCUCAGGUCCAAGAGGUAAGCUUCCAGUAUCAAUCAGCGAUAAAGCUUUCGGAGAAAUGACAAAGAAGGAAGAGAAAGUUUCAUUGAUAGAAACUAUGAAACUUGCAGAGCUCAAAGAAGUUGCAAAAAAUAGAGGAAUCAAAGGAUACUCAAAGUUGAGAAAGAGUGAACUAUUAGAGCUGAUUAGAUCGUCAUGACUAAUGAUUGUAAUCUUGAGACCACAUUCUCUCUGACAUGCAAAACCAGAUAACCAAUAUGGCAUGGAGUUGUUACAUAUAGACAAUUAUUCAUGUAAAGUAGAUACAUUUCCAAGAAUCUCAACCUUGUAAUGUUUGGUUUCUCCCCAUUUCUUGCCUAUGGUCAAACUAAAUUCUGAAGAAGUUGCUAACUGGUAACAAAAAUACCCCAAAAAUGGUUCAUAUCUCGAAGGUACUUGAAGAUUCUUAACCAACUGAAGUCAAAAAGGUUACCACAACAAGAAAUCCUUACUAUCCAGAAUCGUAAAUAUAAGAACUUGAAACAGAGCUAACAUCACAAAACAAA